UCCGUUGCUUCCAGGCGCACUACAGUUCCGACCCACUGUCAGCUGUAGUCCCGCCUGCCCUGACCGCGGCUCCAAUGAAGAGGAGGGCGUGGGUGCGUCGUCGUGUUUUCACCUGAGACACUUGGACCACACCGCGGGAACACAACCUCCACUAAGUCCGCCCCCGGCCAGCGAGGAGGGCACAAGGACUCCUGCAAGGAUGAAAGGGCUCCCACUACUGUCCCUGCUCCUCUGGGUGUGUUCAGUCUAUUUUGUGGGGCUUUACCUAUUCGUGGGCGGCUUCCUGCUGGUCCGGCUGGAGGUGAACCGGACCAGCACCUGCGGCGACGUACUGGAGCCCCGGGGAGAGUCGAGAGACUUUUGCGGGACGCAACCGCGCUUCCGCAGGGUCGUCCUCCUCAUCGUGGACGCCCUGAAGAUAGACUUCGCCCGGUUUGACCGCAACAACACUCGGCCCCGGCCCUUUGAGAACAAGCUGCCCGUUUUUGAGGAGACGGCCUCGUCCAGGCCGUCCCAGUGCCGCCUGUACCCCUUCCGUGCUGACCCGCCCACCACCACUAUGCAGAGGAUCAAGGGCUUUACCACCGGCUCGUUACCCACCUUUGUGGACAUUGGUAACAACUUUGCUUCCAGUGCCAUAUUGGAGGACAACCUCAUUCACCAGCUGGGUCAAGUAGGCAAACGAGUGGUGUUCAUGGGCGACGACACUUGGGAGAGUCUAUUCCCAAAGAAGUUCCACCGUUCUCUGCCCUUUCCCUCUUUUAACGUCAAAGACCUACACACUGUUGACAACGGAAUCCUCCAGCAUUUCUACACAACCAUGGUUGGUGACGACUGGGAUGUCCUCAUUGCUCAUUUUCUUGGGGUGGACCACUGUGGUCACAGGUUUGGCCCCGACCACCCGGCCAUGGCUGACAAACUCACCCAAAUGGACGGUGUCAUCAGGUCUGUGAUGGAGCGUCUACAGAAUGACACGCUGUUGGUGGUGAUGGGAGAUCAUGGGAUGACAGACACCGGGGAUCACGGAGGAGAAAGUCAGAAGGAGACUGACGCCGCCAUCUUCCUGUAUAGUCCUUCCCCUCUCUUUCCAGGACCCCCGUCACAGAGAGAACCAGACGUAGUGCCCCAGACGGACUUGGUUCCUACCCUGGCCUUGUUGCUGGGAGUGCCUAUUCCUUACAGCAGUGUGGGCCAGGUUCUCCUACCUUUGUUUCCCAUGCAUGGCCGUGGUGCAGUUGGAGGCCUCAGUCAGCUGGAGGCGCUGUGGAUUAAUGCAAAACAGGUGAACCGCUUCUUAGAGGUCUACUCUGCUAUGGCCAAAGACAUCCCACCAGAGAGCCUGGCCAGCCUGAAGGAUCAGUUUGCGAGCCUCUCUUCUGAAUUCCUGACAUUAAUCAGAGAGAGUCACACAUCUUCCCCUGAGCUGGCAGUCACCAUUCAGGCCUACCUCACCUCUGUCCGGGACACAUGCCAAGCCACCUGGGCUCGAUUCAAUCCGCUUAAAAUGGCAGCUGGUUUAAUAGUCCUGGCACUUGCCUGCCUAAUGUGCUUCACGGUGUCUGAGCAGUCGCUCGUGCUCAUCAGAGAAAAUCAUUUUCGACUCCAGACUGUGGUUGUAGCGGCGCUGGGUGUCGGGGUUUGCGUGGCUGCUGGUCAGCAGUUCUUACGGGGCUACAUGGAGUUAGCGUGGUGCCUGGCCGCUACGGCUUUCACCUCUGAGCUCCUCUUCCUGUGGAGGACCUAUCAAUCCAAGACUGCUGCUGUUGUUGUUAAGAACGGCGCUAAGAGCGCAAAGAGUGCUAGCUGGAGUACCCCACCUUACCCCCUAGCCCCUGCUCUCUUGGUCACAUUCCUUCGUUGUGCCUCCCUGCUUUCCGACAGCUAUGUCAUCGCUGAGGGCCGGGUUGUCACCUUCCUGGUCUUCUCUUUGGCUCUUUAUGUUCCCCUGCGUCUCAACUGGGAUGGCCUCCUUCUGCCCCCCAACCACGACCUUCUGAAGCCUGCAGGGCUGCAGCUCUCAACUGCAUCCUCCCCGUCCGCUGUGAGGAAAGAAUGCAGCACAUUCCUAGCAUCCUUAGGUCUCCUUGUCGGCAGCCUCUACCUCUCCCUCUUCUUCCAUGGCUGUCGGGAGGAGCAGGGAGCUUGUCAGCCGUCGCCCUUCCUCUCUUCCCUCUCCCGGGUGCAGGACAACCAACUGAAGAACAUUUACUACAUCCUCUCAGUCCUCUCCCUGGUGGUGUGGAUGCAUCUACUGAGACGGUGCCUCCGCCACUACGGGAACCUAAACUCGUCAGGUGGAACGGUAUUCACGGCUUGCUGGAUUCUACCCUUGCUGUCUGUUUGUUUGGGGCUCCAUUGGGCGGUCAGCGCCUCCUCAGGAGAGAGCUUCAGGAACCUGGCUGAACUAAUCCGACUGGCUCAGCUCGCCCUUCCCAGAGCGGCCUUUUGUCUCCUGGGACUGGGACUGGCCCUAAUUUGGCUGGAUCCGCUCACUGUGUUUGUGAAAACCCGGGCUGCAAGUUUGGAUAAAGGUUUGUCCCUGCCACCUCCACGGUACCGGGCCAGCACCGGUAUCAGCCCCCAAGCGGAGCUGCACCACCUCAUCCCACAAAUAUACCAGCGCAUGCGGCGCUCGCUCGACGACGGAGAGGCCAGCACGGGCGGUGAGGCUGACAACAGACCCGCCGUGGAGGCCUACGGCCUAGGAACCGUCUACUCUGCCCCACUGCUUCUGUUCUGUGGGCUGCUGGGACUGGGCCUGCUGCAGCUGCACCCGGAGGGCAUGGCUCUGUCUUUCCUCCUGCUGUUGUUUGAAAUGGGGGCUCUGCUGCACAUCCACGCCUCCUCCACAGCCCUCUCUGGCCUGCAGGGAGCCUAUUCUGGUGGCUUUAAUGUGCCCUGGACUCCAAUUGUGUUGUGGUCCCUAGCAGCCACACAGUUCUUCCAUGCAACAGGUCACCUGCCCACCUUCCCUUCCAUCCAGUGGGGGGCAGCCUUUGUGGGAUUCCCUGAUGGGCACACCGGCACCAUCUUGCCGGCCUCGCUGGUGACACUCAACACAUUUGCCUCUCACGCCUUGUUUGCAGCGGGUUGUCCGUUGCUGCUUUUCUGGCCCUUGGUGUGCGAAGUCCGUGGAAGUAGGGGAGGAAAGGCCAACGGGGAUCAAAAGGAGGAUGCAGUGAUGGAGAUGAGGCUGAGGGAGAGACCUCAGCUUUUUACCUCAGCUCUUCUGCAACUCUCUGCGCGCUACCUCUUUAUUCAAGGAACACAGGUCUUUGCUUCAGCAUGCGGAGCUGCUAUCCUCAGGAGACACCUAAUGGUGUGGAAGGUUUUUGCACCCAAGUUGAUGUUUGAGGCCUCAGGGUUCCUGAUGAGCUGCGUGUUUUUGCUACUUGGAGUCUUGUUAGUGCUGAGAGUGGAUGUGGCUGUCGGACGUUGGUUCAAAAGACUCAUCACUGAUACAUCCAGGUAGCACAGGCACACUGCUGCUCCAACACUGUUCCGCAGGGGGAAUGGACACGGUGGUUAGCUUCUUUCAAGGAUGCCAGACACUCUUUUUCAUAUGGAGCAUUGACACUGAAGCCUCAAAAGUGGUCUGAGCCUGCCUUGUUUUCAAGCAGACAACUUCAACUUUUUGAUACGAUUGGACGACGAGCUUUUAUACUUUCUCAAUAGUCGUCACACUCUGAAUGUUUCGUUACGGUGGGGUGGUCGACGGCGACAAACGCUCCAAACACAGAAAUGAUCCCAAACCAAAAACGCACAAAAUACUAUAUAAUGUUUUUAAACCAUUUCAAUCACUAUUUGCUAAGCUAUUUGUAAAUGUUUUUUUUUAUCUAAACCUUGUGUUUUAUAGGUGACAAAGCAAACAGUUAGUUUCUGGUCUAUAAGCUGAUACUUAUCUGCAACUCUUUGACCGAAUUCUGUCUAUAGAAUCAUGCAAAAUCAAACAAUGCCAUAUUUUGAUCCCUAUGUUGCACGUGCCGUCACAUCCGGCUGCAAACUCAAGACAUCUAGUUGCAGGUUAAACACCGGCUAACGUAAACAAUCACUCAAGCAGCACUCAGGGCGGACUUAGCCAAACUCUCUCUUAGUAAUGUUGCAAUUUCCUGCACCAACAAAGCAACCAUUCUUUGUAUAGAACGCUCAAAUUGAAAGUGAGGCGCCACUCUUUUAAAAUGCGCUAACUUCAUUAAGUUAAAGUUAAAGUAGCAAUGAUUGUCACACACACACUCGGUGUGGCGAAAUUUUUCUCUGCAUUUGACUCGUCACCCUUGAUCACCCCCUGGGAGGUGAGGGGAGCAGUGGGCAACAGCGGUGGAUGCGCCCGGAAAUAAUUUUUGGUGAUUUAACCCCCAAUUCCAACCCUUGAUGCUGAGUGCCAAGCAGGGAGGUAAUAUGUCCCAUUUGAUGCCAAGUUACAUUGGAUUUGCCAGAGACAGGAUACUAUUAGCAUUAGUGAUUUUACAUGUCAAGCUCAACACCUCCAAAUUUGGUAAUGAAAACUACAGCUAAGAUGAAUUGAAUGAUUGAUUGAUUGAAACUUGUAUUACUAGAUUGCACAGUACAGUACAUAUUCCGUACAAUUGGUCACUAAAUGGUAACACCCCAAUAAGUUUUUCAACUUGUUUAAGUCGGGGUCCAUGUAAAUCAAUUCAUGUUAUAAUGUUACAAUCAAAACAGCUGGCGUGCAAUAAGCACAACAUCUACAGUACAAACACUUUGUAGGGCACAGCAUACCAAGUUCAGCUUGCUACUUCCCAGUUAGACAACAUACAAUAGGUAGCCUAUACUGUACUGCCAUCUAAGAUCUUGGAAGUGCAACUGCAUUGCUAAUGAGAUUCAAAUGGUAUAAGAAAACAAGAUAUAACAACUGGACAGCACAGUUAUCAUAAUCAGCUCAUUUUUGAAUGUAACAUUAAAGUAUACAAUUUAAUUAUCAAAUAGUUAACAUUUAUUAAUAAACCUUUUAGGUACCGAAAAUUGAGUACCAGUGUCGAUUCCAAAGUACCUGGAAUCGGUACUGUAGCGGUUCAUUUGGACACAUCUUCUCAUUCAAUGCGUUUUCUUUAUUUUCAUGAUUGUUUACAUUGUCACUGAAGGCAUCAAAACUAUGAAUGAACACAUGUGGGGUCAUGUACUUAACAAAAAAAGGUGAAAAAACUGAAAACAUAUCUUAUAUUCUAGUUUCUUCAAAAUAGCCACCCUUUCCUCUGAUUACUGCUUUGCACACUCUUGGCAUUCUCUCGAUGAGCUUCAAGCACACCUGUUAAGUGAAAACUAUUUCAGGUGACUACCUCUUGAAGCUCAUCGAGAGAAUACCAAGAGUGUGCAAAGAGGGGUAAUGUAACUAGUCAUGAAAGUAAAGAAAACACAUUGAAUGUCCAAACCUUUGGCCUGUACUCUAUUUAUAUUUAAGGCCCAAGCUGUUUGUUUACAUGCUUUUUUUAUUUCUCUUUGCUAUUUGGGCUUAUUGGACCCUAAUUAGAAUAAAAAGCAAGAAUCAUCUUUUUAUAUAAUGUGCUUAGUCCAUAAGUACACAAACGUGUACUUCAUGUUUAGUGACAUGCUAAUUCUUAUUUUUGCACUUAUUUUUCCAAAUUACAUUGUAUGUUAUAAUCUUCUGACACCACCAGAUGGCAGUAUAAGUGUCCACAUAAGUGGCCAUAAGACCCCAAUUCAGUAGUGUACACAAUUUUGGAAAUAAGAGCUAAAAUGUGCUGUCCACACAUGUGGCCACUAAGCUUUUAGAGGAUAAAUAUUAUUAAGAUGCAAUAGUUCACAUUAAAUCCAAAGUGUCUGUAAAGGUUUUCAGUCAUAAAAUGUUUAGGUAUAAGACAUUUUUUCCAUUGCAUGUGUUUUAUGGUGUUUAUAGGCUUCUGGUUUUGGAUCAUUUCUCCGUUCGGAGGUUGCCCCUUCAUAUAUUUUUGUUUUUUUCCAAGCAAGAUUGUUGAGGAUGCAGCACAUCUGUUUACACCACAGCUAUUCAACUGGCACACCGGACCCCCAGACCGGCCCUCAAUGUCAGUUUCAACUUGGUAGAUUCAUUUUUUCUGCAGCAAAAUUCCUAAAAACAUGAGUGUUCCAGUUCUUCAGAGGAACUUUGGCCAGUGUAAAGAUAUUGGCAGAUAGCUGCUUGUCAAAAUAAUAAUGAAGGGAGAAGUUCAAAUUAGUUGGUUAUCCCUGGUUUGUAGAAUUCAACUUGUCCGAGCUGCCCAUUUUAAACAUGACAACAGAAAUGUCGUUAACGUACAUAUAAACUUAAAGCUUUCCUUUCUAUGUGAUUUGCGGUCAUUGAGCCAUGACUACUAAUGUGUUUUGAGCUUCAGAAGAAGUCUAAGCUCAGAUUUUUGUAUUUUUUCUAUUUACAAGAUGAUGAAGAUAACCAGUGUCAAGUCACUGCCAACUGAUAUUUAAGUGUUUUUAAUUGUUUUUUUGGGUGUUUUUCCAUAAUUAACCUGCCAUGUUUUUAAUCACGGUAUCUAGUUUUGACUCAUAAUUUAAUAUUUAUUUAAACAUGAGUAAGAUUUGUUUCCUACAGUAGGGAAUCAGGAAUUCAUUUGGCCUUCUUGGGUGGAUCUCGUGUGAGAGAAAGAGGGUGGGUCAAUCAUAUGCAAUGCAGUCUGCUGAAAAUGAAGGAAAGUGCCAUUCUAUAUAGCAAAUUUGGAAUUGCCGCAAAACACAUUUUAAGAUUUUUAAAACACCACUGCCAUCUGGUGGCCAAGUGGAUUCGUCACGCUUCAUGCGAAUUUGGCCUCAUGAAUCUCCUCCCUAUUGUAGUUUCCAAUUAUGUCUUAAUUAUUACUCCACCUUUCUUAAGAAAAGUUGCAGUGUGUUAAUGAAGGUAUUUUUUUUGUAAUGAUGUCAGUGAAUGUUCACAUCUUUCAGAAACGGACUUGAUGUAUUUUCUACUGGAUGUAAGUCGGUGUCCGGGUUAGAAAGUGUUGGCGUGCUACUAAAGCUAAUGCAUAAUAAUAGUAAUGGGCUGUCGAGCUCAGGUUGAAACUAUACUGCAAUCGUACCUGCAUUCCAUAUACGAGACUUUGAUUUUUCCGUUUCAGCCCAAUUUAUGAUUCAACUAAUUUUGCUGUGUGUUUACUCUUUUGUUAACGUUUGUGGGGGGGGGGAAAUGAUGCCUAAUAUAUAUAAAGAACUAAAAUGAUUUUUUUAUACACAAAUAAAUAAUUAAAGUAG